GUCAGGUCAUGCACCUCACGUACGUAGUACAUUCAAAUUGGGAAAAAAGUAGGCUUCCGAAACUCCCCUGGCCGCAUGACAACCCAUGUGAGCUGUGACAUGUUGCGACUGCGAGUAUUAGAGGCUUCAAUUCAUUGGAGGCUAGCUCUGACCCUGCUCGGAGAAGAAAAUCAGAAACACCAAAAACAAUACUAUACCAGCGAAGCGAAACUGAAAUCGUAUAUACUGGAGAAGUUGAUGAAGUUAGGAACUCAAGCGUGAAACUGAAUAUCCAUCUCUCCGAGCAGUUUCCGAACCGGUUUUGGAAAUAUAAAUGAAUCAAGUCAAAGUAACAGUGAUCGGAAGUGGCCGCAGUCCGCGGAGCAAAAAGGCGAUGCGUCGACGUGUAGCCUCGUUUCACUUUUGUACGUUGCUCAGGCAGCCUAGAAGUUGUUCAGCAUUUUCUUUCGUUGCGCAGAUCAAGGCCUCUGCUGCUCGUGUGCGUCGUUGUGGCGGUGAGGAGGGAGAAUGAUCAGAUGGAUGAUUUCACAAAUCGAGAUAGAGAUACAAAAAAAAACAAGAAAUAUCUUCACGUCAAGUGGCCAGUUCGCUUCGUAUAAAUUGUCCGUACUCGUGGGGGGAGGGUCUAAAACUAAAUCGCUUCACUUCUGACAAACGCAAAACUUUCACAUAGCCGGUGUGGCGGUGUGUACGUUAGGGUUGCCUGACUGUUGUGUUGACGGCGUCACGUCAAAUCAAAUCGCGCUGAAUGACAACUCAAAUAAAUAUCAAUACAGUGCUGCCACCAGUGUCAUCUCUAUACUUCAAAGAACAGAGCGUGAGUUCGGGAAUGUGAGGGAAGCUGAGGUCUAGAGAGGCUCCUCCUCGUAGACAUCCAUUGAAUCAAAGUUGCACCCGCCCCCGAUUCUGCUGCGCGUUCUUUGAUUGACCUUUCAAUUUAUGAAUCCCGAGUAUUCUCUAUCGUCUCCCCCUCGCCCUCUUCCCAGCGCUAUGUAUUCAUGCUCAUGGUAUAGCAGUUGGCUCUAAAGAGAAAUGUUCUUUUCGUAUUCUCUAGGAAUUUUUAAAAAUCUACUAUUGAGAGGGGAAAAAUUAACGACAGACCACACUUCAUCCAAGAAAUAAAGAUGUCUGCUACCCAGAAGAAGGUUGAGAAGAAAUCCGCCUCGGGCUAUGGAAUCGCGAUGCGCGGCAGCGUUGGAGCCUUGGCCGCUGUUGCCGACAUCGGCAACAUCCUGGGCGCUUCCGCGUACGACCAGUCGAAGCCCGAGGGGGGGGGGGGUGGCUUCACCCUGACCCCGGAGGGGGAGACGGAGGACACCGAUGUCUCCACCGCUGAUGCCGUCCACGGUAUUCAUGACAGCCUCUCGCAGUUGCUGUCUGAAGAUCGAUGGUUGGUGUUGUUAAUUCGUGUCUGUUGAGAGAAGUUGCAUGAAUCGCGUCUCUUCAUUGGAACAAGCUGCAGCUGUUGUUUCUUUUAAUCAGGUGCAUCUACCUCUGCCGCGGCAUCUGCCUUGCAGGCUCGCCCGGCCGUGACAGGUCCGGACGGGUACUGGUGCGAGUACAAGGCAGCAACCGGAAAAUGUGUCCUCGUCGCCCCCCCCGAGAAACUGCCGGAGGACACCCCCACCGCAGGCUUCUCUGGCAUUGUGGUCGAGCGAUGGGGAGGGCUGGAAGCCGCGGCAGCGUGCUGCACCGGCCCCGACGCCAACCCGAGAUGCGAGUGGAAGAGUGAUGCCUCCGACGGGACAUGCGCAUCGUAUAUGAGUUGGACCGUGGGUCAGGUGAACCGGUGGUCGAACCAGUACUGGCGUGGUUAUUCCGGGCGCUGAACCGACAGAGGAAGUGGGGCCGUCCAUUGGCGUUGUAGCCCGGAAAGUUCUCUGAAGCAAGUGUCAUCAAUUUAACGACGUAGGUCAUCUAUCUUUUGGAAUAACAAUUAGUGUCACCACUUGUAAUUUAGCAUCAUUCUUUCCCCGCGUCCCGUUGCUUCGCGAAGCACACGCAUCUACUCCUCGUCUAGCGACAAUAUUCGUCAGAUGUUGAUGCUGUUGUUGCCGCGUGCCGUCAGUCCGCUUUUUUGCGAAAAAUCAAACCGCACCUAGCCGAGUGUUUGGGGCGCCGCCUCUUCGAUGCUUUUUCGGUGUGACUGUACAUAAUUGCCAUUCUUUCCAGGCCGUCGCUUGAGAAGAUAGUACUUACCUUGCUCCCUAAACAGUAUAUUGACAAUAGCCACGUAAUGCCGAUGUUUGUUUGGGCGAGGUUCUUUACCGGAAGCCAAACUAUAGCCCAAAACAGGCCGUAAACGAAUCCGAUGUAAAAUAACUAAGCUCAAAGAAGAGCUAGUUAGAAAAUCAAAAAAAAAAUCGCUGGUCGGUUGCAGGCCCCGAGCAAGCCAACUGUUGUAGCCUCGCUCGUUUCACUUUUGUACGAUGGUCAGGCACCUACUCAGUUCUUGUUCACGUUCAGCCAUUUCAGUCGUGACGCAGGUCAAAGCUUCUGGCUCGUGUGCGUCACCUUAAAAAG